GCGAUCCGUCCCUGCCUCAAAGCAAGGGUCUUCUACCAUGAUGCGUGUUUAACAGGCGAGCUGAUAGUUAGACAGAAUUUAUACUGUAAAACAGUUUCAUUUUAUAUCCAUGAUAAUUGCUUAUUAUUCAAAAAGGUUGUUUUAUAUGCAGCUGUAAGAUGUUCUAAACAGCGUAAUGACUUUAAAGUUAUAUGCAACCCUCAAAAUGUUUCUUUUCUAGCGAAAUGCUUUUAUUCUCUACAAGGCAACUAAGUUUUUUCCGGCUUUUAUGGUUAUUUAUGAGGAUGGGAAGGAUUAUAUGAUAAAAGCAUCCUCGCAGAAAUGGGAAAAUGGGAGUUGACAAUGGAGCCUGUUCAGGAAUGGGGUGAGGAGCAUGAAGACGGGGCGGUGUUUGGGGUCACCCUGCGCAGAGAGCCGGUCCAGCAGUCGGCCGGUCCCACAGAGGCUUUCGUUCAGUACCGAACAUGUAAAGUCCGCAGGUUAAAAGCGGCCACGCUGGACAAACUGGUCUCUCACCUUCUGGACCCCUGCUGUCAGGAGCAAGACUACGGCAGGAUCCUGCUGUCCACGUAUCGCACCUUCACCAGCUCCAGCAAACUCAUCGAGAUGCUCCUCCAGAGGGACAACCUUGCCUCUGCGCUUGACAGCACCAAUUACCCCAACAGCUCUUUGUGGACUGUGCUCCAGAUGUGGUUGGAGGAGUACAGUGAUGAUUUUAGGGAUGCGCCCAUGCACUCGUCCCUGCGUCUCAUGUGCUUACAGCUGAGAGGACACCCCGCUCUCUUCCCCCUGGCCAAGCACUAUGAAGCGCUCCUCAAGAACUUCCAGGCUGAAGAUGUUGUGGCAGGUGAUCCAGUUGAGCAAACAGAAGAAUCAGACUUGAAUAAAGGGGUGAGAGACUAUGAGUCAGAUAACCUGGUGGAUUUCAUGGGUUUCUCCGUUACGGAUGUCGCUGAACAGCUCACGCGAAUGGACGCUGACCUGUUUAUGAAGGUGGUCCCUUUCCAGUGUCUGGGCUGUGUGUGGUCUCAACGGGACAAGAAGGAGAACCUCUCGCCCACUAUUUGGGCCACCAUCGCCCAGUUCAAUGCAGUCACCAACUGGGUCAUCACUUCUCUGCUCCGUUCCUCGACGUCGGUCACACAAAGAGCCAGGGUCAUUGAGAAAUGGGUUCGGAUAGCACAGGUGUGCAGAGAGCUGAAGAACUUCUCUUCUCUUAAAGCCAUUUUGUCUGCCCUUCAGUCCAACCCCAUCUAUAGACUAAGGAAGACAUGGGCUGCUGUCAGCAGAGAGGCCAUGUCUGUCUUUAAGAUCCUGUGUGAAACGUUCCCAGACGAGGAGAACUGUGUGCUGACCAGCCGAGAAAUCUUUGAGGAUGAUGGGAGUCAAACUGAGAUGGAUAACACUACCACAAAAACAUCCAAGAGAUGCCCUCUAGCGAAACAGAUGAGCUCAGCAGGAGGGACGGUUCCUUAUCUGGGGACAUACCUUACAGUACUGACCAUGCUGGACACGGCCCUGCCGGACACUGUGGAGGGUGGCCUCAUUAAUUUUGAAAAGAGGAGACGGGAAUAUGAGAUUUUAAAGCAGAUCCAUCAGCUGCAGGCCUUGUGUUCCCAGUAUGUUUUACCUCAUCAUCCUCAGAUCGCUGCCUGGCUUCAGAGUCAGAGACUGCUGUCGGAUCAGGAGAGUUAUGAAUUUUCCAGACAGCUGGAGACGUCUCAUGACACUUCUCCAUCCAACAGCGGUUGGAGUCACCGAACUCUGGCCAAAAAGCUCUCAUCGCUCAUGUCAGGGAACGAGGCGUCCAGGAAGAACGCAGACCAGAUCAGUGUGUCCUCGUCAGGAUCCAGUGGCUCUGAACUCGAGGAAAUAUCUUCUGCUCAAUCAGCGUCUUAUAUAUCAGCGUCUCUGUCCAGCUGUGGUCCGAACACGGAGGCGUUUCCCUCGUCUUCCUCUCCUGAUUCCUCCACCAUGUCCAGUUCAUCCUCCAGCUCUCAGCAGGACCUCAACCUGAAUCCAUCUUCCUCUUCAGCUUCAGCUGACCCUCACCUGGUCUCGUCCCACAAGCGCUCCGUCUCCAUGACCUCCCUACCCUUCUACAACAGACAGGUGGACGACUCGUGCAUCAUCAGGGUCAGCCUGGAGUUCUGCAACAAUGGAAACAUGUACAAGAGCAUCCUGUUGACCAGUCAGGAUAAGACGGCCCAGGUGAUCCAGAGAGCUCUGCAAAAACACAACCUGGAGGAUGCUAGUGAGCAGGACUUCACCCUCGUUCAAGUUCUGGCCCAAGGCAGAGAGUUGCAUAUUCCAAAAAAGGCCAACGUAUAUUAUGCCAUGUCUACGUCAGCCAACUACGACUUUGUUCUACGUCGAUGCCCUAAAGGCCAGCGGAAACAACUCAUGCGCUCUGUUUCACUGUCAUCAGGACGAGCCACAAAAUAACAGCGGAUUCAGCUUUAAUUCUGCAGGACUCAUAUUUAAUGCGACAGUUAUUAAAAACUGUCAAAACAUGUCAUUCAGACACAAAUGGAGAUGUAUGAGAUUGAAAACAGGUCAUUUCAAGAAAAAAAAAAAAAGGGGGGGGGCAAAUUCUGGCCCACAUUUCACCUUGGAAUUUGAUGAAGACAAGCUAUUUUUCUUUGGUUAAACGAUGAAUUUCUGGGUGAAACAGAAUACAUAGUUAAUGAGCUUCAAAGGAAUAUUUCAGCCAAACAUGUACAUUUACUCACCCUCAGGUCAUUAAAGAAGUAAAUGUGUUUUCUCUUCAUAAGAACAAUUGGAAAAACUGAGCAUUACAUCACUUGCUCGCCAGUGGAUACUAUGCAGUGAAUGGGUGCCGUCAGAAUGAGAGUCCAAACAGCUGAUAAAAACAGCACAUUAAUCCACACCACUCCAGUCCAUCAGUUAAUUUUCUUUUUUAACCUUCAUAUUUUGAACUGUUGCUUCUGGCUAAAAUGCAAGUCCUCUAUCCAUAAUUUUGCACUGGAAAAGUAAUCUUGUCUGAAUCAGGUGAGAAAUAUGCACAGUUCAAGCACUGUUUCAAAGCAAAAAGCAGUCCAAAACAUUACUAAACAAAUUUGCUUGAACUGUGCAUAUUUCUCUCCUGAUUCAGAACAUAUUAUUAUAUAUGUGGAUUUUGAUGUGAGAGGACUACAGGUGAUGGAACAUUAUUACCUGGAAUAAUUGUUAUUUAUUGACUCGUAUCUUGGUCAGAAGUGACUGUUUAAAGUUAAAAUGUGUUGAUGGAUGGAUUUGUUUUAUUACAAACAGAAAGCUUUUUAACUUUUCAAGAUGUUAAUUGAUGGAUUGGAGUGGUGUGGAUUAUUGUGAUGUUUUUAUCAGCUGUUUGGACUCUCAUUCUGACGGCACCCAUUCACUGCAGAGGAUCCACUGGUGAGCAAGUGGCGUAAAGCUACAUUUCUAUGAAUCUGUUCUGAUGAAGAAACAAACUCAUCUACAUCUUCGAUGGCUUGAGGAUGAGAAACAUUUUAGCAAAUUUUUAUUUUUGGAUUAAGUAUGACUAUAAGCACGCAUUUAAAUUGGAUUGUGAAAGGUUGAAAUAUCAGGGCUUGGUGACAUUAUUACACUUUGAUGAACAGUUUGUUUCCUUGGAAUAACACACACUAAUGAACCAUGCAUGAUAAAACCAGGAACAUGAAGUAAGUAAACGGCAUCAAUGAUGUUGACUGUAGGGCUCUUCAGUGGAAAGACAAAUAUCACGGGUUCAGUUUCAUGAACUCAUAACCCAGGCGCUUGAAAUUGUGAAAAAGUGGCAAGACACAGAUAACAAAGACUGCACCUUCUUGAAUUCCUCACAUUCAGUGCAUUGAUAAUGGGAUGAAGCAAAGUUUCUCAGUGACCUCCAGCUCUCAUUCUCUGACUGUCAUAACCAGAUACAUUGUACAAUAAUGUGCUAAAUUUGAAUAGAAACACAAUCAUACACCUAGAGGCCUGGGAUGAGUCUUUUAUAUACAGUAGGUCAGUGUCUAUAAUGACUGCCUGUGGAUAACACAUUAUCAGUUCACAGUGUUCCUGGUUCCAGCAUGAGGAUGGUGUGUGUGUGUGUGUGUGUGUGAGAAGACCAGCCGCUUCAACAGGUGCCGUGGCAUUCCAGAGGCACACUUUCACAUCCACUGUCGUGUGAUUUCAUCUAGAUGUCAUUUGAUGAAUUUAUUUUUUUAGGUAGUGUGGCAGGAUUACGGAACAGUGGAUAUUUUUAUACCAUGUUUUAUAUCGUCCUUCAUCAGCAUCAAAUUCAAGCAACUUGACUCUGAUUAGUCUGUGCUUUUACAGACUUAUACAAGCUCUUGCAGAGUAUAAUUAAGAAGAUAAAUUAUAUUAUCGGUCAAAUGCAUUUUAAUGUAGAUAUGUUAGUAAAACUAUAUUUAUUUAUAUUAGUUAAUGUUGAAAGUUUUAGAUAUAAUGCUAUGUUCAAUAUGAAAUGGUACUUGUUUAAUAUUUUGCAUUUAUCAUUUAUUUAUUUUUUAUUUUAUUUUAUUUAUUUUAUUUUGCACUGAGUGUAUUCUGAACCCUGCAACAUUUCACUGAAGGAUUCGGGUAUUUGUGUUUGAAAAACAUUGCAUCAGUAUCUUUUGAUUUUCUGUCAUCUCUCGAUGUAAAACACAGAAAUAUGAAACAGUCUCCCAUCCGCAUACUGCAAUAAACACAAUCUACACGCUGAGUUGAGAUGAAA